AUGGCUGUCGAUACCGAAAAGCUCGCUCCUGGGGCCUCCGUGGUCGACGAGAGACGAAGCUCCCUUCGAGUUGGUAGUGUCGACGACGUCCAUGUGCUCGAUAAGCUGGGCUACAAGCCUGAACUGAAUCGCAAUCGAUCCAUGACAACGCUCUUGUUUCAAUCACUUGCUAUCGCUGCCAUACCCUACGGAGAGGGUGCGCCAUUGAUCAGCGCCAUUUAUGGCGGCGGACCACUAUCGAUCUUCGUCGGCUGGGUCGUUGUCCUUUUCCUCAAUGAAUGUAUUGCUCUUUCUCUCAGUGAGCUAGCCUCGAAAUAUCCGACCUCGGCCGGCCCUUACUACUGGUCCUUCCAACUGGCGGGUAAAGGGAAAGUGGUUUUGUCCUUCAUCACUGGCUGGAUUUGGCUGGUCGGCAAUAUCACCAUCACACUUUCAGUCAACUUCGGGUUUGCCUCGCUCAUCCUCGGAACUGUCGCCAUGUAUCAUCCUGAUUGGGUUGCCAAAGACUGGCAGCUACUUCUAAUCUUCUACGCGAUUUGCCUGGUUACCUUGGUCAUCUGCACCUUUGGAAAUCGAUUUCUGCCGAUGGUUGACACAAUUUGCGCUGCAUGGACCGCUCUCAGCAUCUUGAUUAUCCUCAUUGCGCUUUCGGUCAAGGCAGAGGCCGGAAGACACAGCGCUGGCUAUGCUCUAGGCCACUACGACCAAUCAUUCUCAGGCUGGGGAGGCUUCACCUUCUUCAUUGGCCUCCUUCCAGCCGCAUACACAUUCUCAGCCAUUGGAAUGAUCUCUGCAAUGGCAGAAGAAUGCGCAAAUCCGACUGUCAAAGUCCCCACGGCCAUCAGCCUCUGCGUGCCUGUCGGUGGAUUUGCUGGCCUGUUCUUCAUUCUCCCAAUUUGCUUCACCUUGCCCCCUCUAGAGGAUAUCAUUGCUGCACCUUACGCCCAGGCGCUUCCAUAUAUAUUCUAUCGUGUCAUGGGCACUCCUGGAGGUGGUCUUGGCCUGAUGUUCCUCAUCAUGAUGAUUACCCUCUUCUGCAGUAUCAGCAUUACGGUCGCAGCAUCUCGCUGUGCCUGGGCUUUUGCUCGAGAUGACGCCAUCCCUUUGGCUCGUGUUUGGUCCAACGUCAACGGUCGGCUUGGAGUUCCGAUAUACGCUCUUUUGCUUGUCACUGUGGUACAAAUGUUGCUCGGAUUGAUUUAUUUGGGCUCAUCCUCGGCCUUCACUGCGUUUGUGUCGGUGGGUGUGAUCGGGUUGGCUGUGUCUUACGCAAUUCCAAUUGCUAUCAGUGUUUCGCACAGACGGAAAGAAGUUUCUACCGCACGCUGGACUUGUGGGCCUAUCGUUGGUCCUAUCAUCAAUGGGGUAGCUCUCUGCUGGAUUGCGUUUGAAAUGGUGCUGUUCAGUAUGCCCACAGCCUUGCCUGUCACGGCUGUCACGAUGAACUACGCCAGUGUUGUUUUUGUCGGGUUCGGUGUCAUCUCUGCUGUCUGGUACUUUGUGUACGCGCGAAAGGUGUACAGGGGUCCGCCUGAGUCUGAUGGUAUUGCUGCUGAAUGA